CUGUUCAACAAAGAAGCACUUUCAUUGACCGUUCUUUUCGAAGUCACCUCGAGAACAUUUCAGCUUACUAUUGAAUACUAGAGAUCUACACCAUAGCUUAUAACAAGUCAUCUAUUUCAACAGCCUGCAGUUUCAUCUUUACUUACAGCACAGGUUUUAAAUUAUUUGUUUCAUCACGAGAUACUUAUUUUUAGUUUUUAAAAAAGUCAGCAUCAUGUCUUCACCUUAUUUAAAUUGGAGGAUGAUAUAUAAUUCACUUAUCCGGCCCCUUAAAGAACUGGCCUUAGAACGCUAUCUUAUGACAGCAAGCGCCAGGUAUGGGUAUUCAUCUCCCAUCAGAGGUUCAGCCAAAAAGAGCAGGCACCCUGAUCAGCCGCUGGACAUCAUUCUGAACGAGCAGAAUCCAAACCAUCCAGCAAAAAUAUUCUCGAGUACAGCCAUAGUACAGACCCGCGCCUUCUCCGCGGGGACAGAGUAUCACGGUAGAUACAAUCUCGGUCGGCGCCACACCAAGUCUGCCAGCACCCCUGGGAAGUACACCUUAAACAAUCAGCUGCCGAAAACGCCAAAAUCCUUCAAGCGCAGCAGGUCUGCAUCCAUUCCCAGACGUACUUCCGGGGGCAGAGGAAGAGGCGACCAGAAAAGUCCCCAGAAGCCACCAACGAUUGCAGAAUGCUCCGACGACGCAAGUCCACGCAUCGGACGAGACUAUAUCACACAAAGGACGGAUAGUACCUCGGCCAGCCCAAUUGUGCAGUCGCAGUCUGUCAAAAACCACAACACAAACAGACAUGAGAAUGAUGAUGUGGAAAGUGACCCAAAGGUGUCUAUGUGGCCCCAGACAAGACUGAGCUCAUUGAAGAAAAAACUGAGGGAAAAAUGGAUUGUGCACAGCCACCAACAAAAGUCGAUCGGAGAAUUUGGCCUCCUGAAGUGUUUCAUCUUAGCCAAAAGCUUUAAACCCUAAUUUACAUAAGUAGAAACAAAGAAGAGAGUAGAUCUCUUUAAAACUUAGAAGCUGCUUUCUACACCACGCUAUUUAUUUUUAUACAACAUUUAAACUAUUUUUGUGUAUACACUUUUCUUGCAGUUCCAUUAGAACAACCUAUAAUGAUAGCACAAGCCGCCAAGUAAAUUAUUAGACAUUAAAACACUCGUUGAAGAACUUAUACAAAAUAGAACAGUACACACAGCCUAAUUAAUGUGAUAAUAUUAUAACAUGAGCUUGUCUUUUUAAACAAGACUUAUCUACAUCUGCAGACUUAUCUAGGGAUAUUUCUUUCUUAGGUAUCAUUCUUAAAAGUCUGACUUCACAACGUCAUUGCCAUAUCCAUAAAGUCUACAAAAUUCAUUUCAUUUUAAAGGAAUAAAACAAGAAUGUCAGUAGUGAAGAUUCAUUCACAUUAUAACGCCAGUUAAAUCAAAGAGCAUCUUUAGAACUGAUCUUUCUCCGCUAUAAAAAAAAAUCAACUUAUAUCAGUACUGACUGAAUGUUCUGAAACAGACUGUUGGGAAUCAACUUUUUAAAACUGAUAAUCAAGCCAUAAAAUCAUGACUACUAUUGGCGUCUGCAAGGAGCAGCCCUGGAGAGUUGAUGCCCUUGCUUAUCCAAGCUACAACUACCCGUACCCUUGCUUCAAACAAGCUCAGCUUGAUGCCUGCAUUGCCCAAAGACGAUCUAGGCGGCCUCCCAUGUUUCGACGUCUGGACGCUGACAGGAUCAGAAAUUACCAGAAGUGUAGCCUGAUGGAAGCCACAGCGGUUCCUGGAACAACUAGAAGCGAACUGGAUGCACAGACCUGGCUAGCUAAAGAGGAUGAUGGACUGGCCACUCCAACCUUGCCACUCCUGCCACCUAUCCAGCCAGUUGAGCCAAGCCCUGAUCCGACGAGACCGAAUCUCAACCCAAAAGAGUAUGCUCGCUGGCGCUUUGAGACCUCUCCCUUGGUCACAACCCAUACGCGUAGUGACUGGAGCAACUUUUUAAGCAGAUGUCCCGAGCGCUUCUGUAUCUCACUUCCGCUGGAGAAACCAGGAAAUGGCCUUCUGCCUUAUUAUGAUGGCGGCUACGCUCUUCGCUACUUGAGGCCAGGUCUCACUCGAGGCAUAGGGAUAGAGAGAUGGUCAGAACGUCCAUUUGGGUACAUUCAGGGGCCUUCAGUCCCGAGUCCUUACCGAGCUAUCAAAGUGAACAAUGCUCUGGCAGGACGAUGACAUUGGCGGAAGUGACGAAAGCUAAUGGAGAGAUUGAAAGAUGAAACUUUACAUAGAUAGUGUACAUCCUGUUUACUUUACAUAGAUAUUGUACAUCCUGUGUUAGACUCAUAUAUGAAAAGAAUAGAUUAAUGAUUCCUAUGCUGGCAAAUAGAUAUAUUUAUCAAAAUUUGAAGCUUCGGAAAGAUCAUGGUAAAAAAUUGAAUUUAUUAAUUAAAAGACUUAAUUUUAAUUAAAAAAAUAUAUUGUCUUGUAACUACAUAUUGUAAAAGGUCUAUUAAAAUGUAGAUAACUAUGUAAAUGUCGUUAACCUAGUCCCUUGGCAGUGUAGGUACAUUGAUAUUUAUUUUAGUAACCUGUGGUUUAUUAAUAGUAAACCCUAGACAGAUAAUAGAACUAAUUUAGGUCAAUAAAUAUGUAGAUAUAUGGUUGCCUCAAAUUGAUUAGAGUAGAGGACUGAAAAUGAAAACAUUCUAAGCCACAUUAAAAUAUUCAAAGUACUCAUGCCUUAAAACGAACGUUAAUACAGGCCUGUGUUUGCCAACCCGCUCUGUCGGUAUAGAUAAAACAAUAGCGCUUCUGGUCACCAAUACACCUCUCAGACCAAAUAGUACAUUCACCUGCUAAUCAAAUAUAUAGAGCGAUGUCACCUGUUUUUGUGCACUGGUAAAGAACAUCAUAGAUCAAGCAUUAUCAACAUCAGAUUAUCAAUACACAACAUCAUAUUCUAAAUCAACUUCAUCUACGCUAUACAAACAUCGCUGCAGUUUUAACUAGUGAGUUAUAGAUUUUUUUUCUUAUCUACAUUCUCAUUCUUAUUAUCUAAUCAUCUAGAGGCCUACUGGAUGUUAGAUUAAAGGAUUUAGUUGUUGUUUUUUUUGUUUGCAAUGUCUCACUGAUCUAGAUCGCUUGCACUAUACCUUACUAUUUUAACAUUUAUAUAUAGCCUCCAUGUCUGAUAGAAGGUCGUCUAUGAUAUUUUUUUCCUGGUUGGCGUCACUCAGUUGCUUGAAGGGCUGCUUAUAACAGAAUAUCUGAUAGACCAUUGAAAACAAAAUCGUCACUUGAUUCAGUCUCUAGAAUGCUUUUUACAAAGCUGACAGCACAUAACAUGAAACUCAAAUUUCUUGACUGUACUUAUUAUUAAGUCGCUGAUUUGCGUUUUCUCGUAUGUCAGACUGAGCUCAAGAAAUCUUUACCAUAAGCUAACAAUGAGUUAAUUUUGUAUAUAGCUGAAUUGCUCCUUCCUUGACUAAACUGAUUUCAAUUUAGUGUUUAAUGGUGGAAUGAAUUCUUUCUUUGCAAACAUUCUAAUUUUCUGGUGCGUUUUAUCUUUUUCUGGCACAUUACUUUGUUUCAGACAACUCUUAAUGAGCUGACUUGGACUGCAUUGUUUAACAUUGUAGUUUGGACUGUGCGGUCAAGUGUUCUGUUUUGGACUCCGUGGUUCAAUGUUCGGAUUUCGACUGCGUGAUCUAAUGUUUCUGGCUUGGACUGCGUGGUCCAAUGUUCUAGUUUGGACUGCGUGGUCCAAUGUUCUAGUUUGGACUGCCUGGUCCAAUGUUCUAGUUUGGACUGCGUGGUCCAAUGUUCUAGUUUGGACUGCGUGGUCCAAUGUUCUAGUUUGGACUGCGUGGUCCAAUGUUCUAGUUUGGACUGCGUGGUCCAAUGUUCUAGUUUGGACUGCCUGGUCCAAUGUUCUAGUUUGGACUGCGUGGUCCAAUGUUCUAGUUUGGACUGCGUGGUCCAAUGUUCUAGUUUGGACUGCAUGGUCCAAUGUUCUAGUUUGGACUGCGUGGUUCAAUGUUCUGGCUUGGACUGCGUGGUCCAAUGUUCUAGUUUGGACUGCGUGGUUCAGUGUUCUGGUUUGGACUGCAUUAUCAACUUCUCUUGUUAGUAUUGCGUGUCUUGGUUUGAUCUUCACUGAGUACGGACUAAUCUCUUUCAAUGCUUAAGGUAUCUGGUUCUUGUUCUGACUCAAAGCUCAUGUUCUGGAUUCUGGUUUGUGCAAUGGUCAAAGACUUUUGUUUCUUCCCUAAUCUAAAUAUCACUAGUAAUCGCUAGUAAUUCUAAUAGUCCCAUAGAAGCUGUUACAGUUUAGCAUUCAAUAUUGCCUCUUUGUAAAUAACAUACGACUAGUAUUUAAUAUGUACAGUUCUAUUAAGUUAAUUGAAUAAAAACAUUGAUGAUUAUUUCUAAUAAAUUUAUAGAAAAAAUAGAAUUGUCAACAAUUUACCUGUGAACUCCCCCCCCCCCUUUACACACCUCUAUGUUAAAGCCAAUUAUAAUGCAUAUGAUUGAUGUAUAUCUUUAUGAUAUCGAUACAUGUACAAGCUUCAAUGCAAUAAAUCUGAAAUACAACUUU